CGAAAGUGUGGCGUUUGAACGAGUGUCUGAAAAACAAAUGUUUCAGCUUUAUUUAAACCUCAAAGUUAACCUCAUGUAGGCAGUUUUAACUCGGGUUCUGUUAUUAGCUGAAAAUACCAACAGACUCAGACUUUUAGAACAAACUAAGAGUCAGAUCAGCAGAAACAAGAACACGGAAAUGUUUCCUGUAACUGCGUCGCUCUGCUCGACUUUGCUGUUUGUCGGUGUCUUCGUGUUUGUCUCUGCAGACCAGAAAAUCAUCACAGCUGAGCCUGGACAGAAGAACAUCAGUCUACCAUGUCGAGCUCCAAACAAUAAUAACAGCAUCAUCGGUGUAGAGUGGAGCAGAUCUGACCUGGGAGACGAAUAUGUUCUUUUGUACCGGGAUGAGUUAUUUGACCCAGACAACCAGCAUCCAUCUUUUAAGAACCGGGUGGAUCUGCAGGACAGACAGAUGAAGGAUGGAGAUGUGUCUUUGAUUCUGAAGGAUGUGACGAUUAAUGACACUGGAAUAUAUGAGUGUCAAGUCUUCAUGAGAGGAACAAACAUGAAGAAGAGAGCAAAUCUGGAUGGUGACCCCAUCAGCAUCAUCACACUGAAAGUUGAUCCUCCAGGAGGACCUGUUGGACUGAUCGUCGGUCUGAGUGUUUCUGCUGUGCUUCUUGUUGCUGCUGUUGUUGGUUUUCUGAUCUACAGAAAACGUAAACAACAGCAGAGUCAGGAUUCAUACCAGCCUCCUGUUGAACUGCAGCAUGUUUGAAGAUGUAAGAGUCGCCUGUAUCACUAAGGCACAAAGCAGAGGCCUGCUUUCAGAAACUAAAACAAUCACAUCAUGUAGAAAA